AUGGCGCCUGAUACCCCUUCCGCCAAAAUAACUCUCUCUUGCCCGCUCUUCGGCGCGGAUUUUGACCCAAGGAACAGUGACUUUGUUCUUGUAGGUGGCGGCGGAGGUGAAGGGCGCAGCGGAGUUGGAAAUAAAAUCGCAAGUAACCUUUCAUCUACCAACCCCACCUUGUUAAAUACGUCCCGGCGCAACGAGAUAUCUGAAGUCGUCGAUGUAGAGCUUUCUCGAGAUGAAGACUCUGUGACCUCGCUAGCCAUAUCGCGGUCAAACAACAAGACUAUUGUAGCCUUGGCUGGCAUCAAUAGCUCCAUUGCUGAGCAAGGCCAGGACAAAAAUGAGCAUCUCAGAUCUUUCCAGCUGGAUUUUCCUCCCAGAAAUGAACUGGGUGGCGCCAGCACCUCCCCAGCAAGUUCUAGGAAGGGCAAGAAAACUGUCGCGCUGCCUGUUAAGCCUACAAUCACAGCCCUGUCUCGCGCAUCCCUUUUCAGACCGCAGUAUAAACCAAAUGACAAAAGAGAAACAUAUCAGCGAUUGUUGCGGCUUUCUCCGUGGAAAGGGGAGGACGCUCCCCGUAUUGGCGCGGUAACUACGGGUUUAGCUCCGCAGGGCGAAAUGGUCAUUUUCGACGCAACGUCAUCAACCCCGGAUCAGUCAGAUGUGCUAGGGCGGAUUCGGUUGGAGGGUAAAGAUGAAGUUGAAGAUGUGGAUAUGCUACCAAGCAGUGAGGGAGAAGAUGGGGAAUUUGAAGUGGCCUACACGGAAGGAGAAGCUAUUUAUACAUUUAAAAUCUCCGCCUCAGUAAAAUCAAAUGUGGCACCCGAGACCAAAUCAGUCUAUACCGUGCCAUUCCCGGAUUACUUCGCCGGCAGCAAAAAAAGAAGUAAAAUUCGCGCUCUCAGAUUCCUCUCCCCAACCUCCUUCCUAGUCUUACUGAAUAAUCCGGACCGCACUGGGUGCGAACUUGCCGUCAUCUCCCUCAGCCUCAGUUCUGAGUGCAUCGUCAUUCGACGAUUCCGACUGCCACGCUCGAUGAAAAUAGGCCUGGGCCUUGAUGUAUGCCCCCUCUCUGAAUCGCCCAUGGGAACCAGACAACUAGUAAUCGCCGUAUCCGGGAACGACAACUCUAUCCAGCUUCUCACCCUCGAUUACAAUCGCAAAAGCAAAAAUCCCUUCAGCAAUUUCCGCCCGUACACGACCCUGCACAACGUGCACCCUUUCUCCAUGACGCGCCUCGUUUUCUCAACCUUCAUCCCACCCCGCCAACCAGUCACCGCUGAUGUACGACCUCAAUAUGUAAAACUCGCCUCCGUAAGUGUUGGCAACACCGUCGUCGUCCAUACCCUUCCCUUGGCGCCCUCACCACCAAAAUCCCGCCAUCCGCGCUAUGUUCUCGUCCAACCCGGCCCCUCAGAGCUUCUACAGACUCUCUUCAGCGGUUUCGUGGCACUGAUAGUCGUCGCGCUAGGCGCGUUCUUCCUGCAAGCCUUUACGGAGAUACGUGGCGGUGUGCCACCAACGCUAGGUGCGCAGGACUGGCUGAGUCCCAGGAUACGAUCAAUGAUAGCACGACCGUACACUUUCGAGAAUGGGCUUCCGACGGGUGUAUCCAUCCCACCUACACCGAUGACCGAGACAGCAACAAGCACAACAAUUAUCCCAGUCAUCCAAACAACCUCCGGGCAGAAUCUGCGCGAGAUACUCGCAUCUAUCGCGCGCGCAGAACCAGAAGCCGGCCCGCCAUCCGCAGCUGGCGACUCGAAUGAACCCACACCCGUAAAAAUCAUCAUUGUCGAGCACCCGCAUGACACAGAACAGGUCUCCAUUACUACCGCCCCUUACGACAUCAAUGAUGGCGACAAUGAGAAGGCGCGUGAAACUCGUAAGUGGGAGGACCUGCACGAGCACGAGCGCAAGGCGUGGAGGGACAAACUUAGUGCGGCGGGCCAUUGGGCUAUUGAGGAGGGAGAGGCAAUUUUGCGGGGGUUGUUUUUUGGACAGAUUGCUGGUGUUGGGGGGGCUGUGGGGGGAGAUCUUAAUUGA